AUGGGUAAAAAUUUUGAUUACGAAGAUAAUAGAACAAACAAAUCUAUUUCAAAAGUAUUGAAUCAAAAUAAACAAGGAGAUGUGUAUUUGAAUGUUUAUUCAGAUCCUAAUACUGAUAUUGGCUCAUUAGAUUUUUCAAAUUGUUCUUUGAUUCACUUUUCAAUUUUAGUAGAUGUUUUUGGUGAAACUAGUAAUAUAGAACAACCAGUAGGAUAUGAAUUUCAUUUAAGACGUCCCAAACUUACCGAAAAGAAGGUAGAGUUUGAUGCUUAUUACAAAAUCCACUACUCAGAUAAACAUAAAGCAUCCGUUCUAAUUGGUAAAUGGAAAGAAGAUGAUAUUCUUUUUCAAAAAUAUCUUAAAACAGCAAAAGACCUAUACCUAGAAUAUACAGAUCCAUCAAAUAAUUUUGAAAAUAUAAACUCAUAUGGUUUUUCGAAAUAUUUAGCAGAAAAAACUGGUUCUAAAUGGCUAAAGAGUAUAAAAUCACCAAAUGAAUAUCAAUACAUUGUCGAAACUUAA